GCCUAGAACAAUCCAUUUGAUUUGCAUAAUUCACGGCUCAAACUUUUGUAUGCCAACUAGAUCGAAAAUAAAUAUACGUUGCUCCUCGCUUACUCUUGAAGAUUUCAAUUAUAGGGGCGUUUGCUGCCGUUAAUUUAUGUGACACUAAAAUAAAAAAGCAGCAUUUUUGCUCACACUACUUUUAUUUUAGACCACACAUGAUAUUCAUAUCUCGUCUGAUCGUCCGUAUAAGUAUCUGAAUCCACUCUUGGCUUUCUGUAUGCCUUGAUUUUGUAGCCAGACAGAAGAAGUAAAACGGAAAAGGUGUAGAAACCCAGAAAUGUCAAGUGGGGUUUCCCGUGUUGCUUCGAUGUUUUAUUGUGUUUUUUCUAUUGGAAUCAUAAUUUUAUAGCUUUCGGGAGAAACUAAUCAAAAAAUUGCGGUCUGAGACUCUGGGUCGAGAUUUGUAUUCCUCCAGAAACGUUUUCUUUCCGGAUAAGAGUAUUGGAGUGACGCGCUCACAAAAGGAACGAGUGUGAUUCAUUGUAUUUGCAUGCGACGGGCCCGCCGUUGUACUCUCCUUCUCUCCACGGCAGAUCCCUAUGAAGAAGCUUUGAAUGUGUACUUUUCUGCUUAGACAGUAUGUUUACUGCGUUGCAAAAUUAAUUAAGCGACCCAUAAUGAAGGGUUCUCUUCUCUUCUCUCUAUUCUCUCCCUGCUCCUCCUCCUCCCUCAAGAUGGCUUUUUUAUUCGGAAGAUAUUUAUCAUCAUAAUUUAUCUACCUUUCUGACCUUUACUUUUAUUUCCAUAUUAACUGACAGAAUACCAUAGAAGAAACAGAAUAUCGAGGACGUCGAUUCGGACAGAGUCCUGCGACUUCUCUUCCGUAUCUUAGUUCACGCACAACUGCGUGAUGGCAGGCAGUUCUAUAGACAGCAGUGUUGUUUUGUUCUUCUUUGCUCACGAAAAGCUACUCUUUCGCUGUCCUGUGGAAAAUCCCUUUGCCAUUGACGUUACUGCCGCUUCCUCUGCUUCCAUAUCCCACCCCUUAAAUGCCACAUUAAACAGCAGCAGCUCGAGCAAUAGCGCAUCAGUGGGUGGUGGGGUGCCGGCCACUACAAACUCGCAAUCGAAACGAGCGUCCGUGGCCGUUACGGAGCUGAGUUCCUUGGCUGAUCUCCCCGGCCAUGUCGACGCGGCGGGUGAGCAGGACGGCCAUCAUAACGGCAACCAGCGCAGCCGAAGCCCAGUGGCCGCCGUGGGCCUCGCCGCGCGGCAUAAAAAGAAGCCCAAAAAGAUUAGUAUGGCGCACCCCGACUGCGUGCCAGACACCGCGACCGCCCCGUACGCGUCGAGUGGGAGGAUCGACAGCAGCGGGGCUGUUGCCGCUGGCCCACCGGCGCGGUCACAGGGAAGUGGGACCAAACUGCGUCGCCCUAUGCCUGCCACCAACUCAGCUUCCACAGCCUCAGCCCUCACUCAGGGCAACUUAGAGACCUCUGCCGCCGCGUCGACAGGAAAGCUGAGAAGCACUUCUACCUUUGGUAGUAGUAAAAUACGAUGGAUGGGUUCCAGUAGGAUUACACCGGCCCCCACGACGGCCACGUGCGUGGGUAUUCAUGUGAACUCUUUCCUCCAUUUGUUACGUGCACCCUUCACCGGGUUCACCACCAUAAAUUUGACUAACUGCACGCUGUUGGUGUUGCCCCUAACCGUCACGGGCACCACCUAUAGCAGGGGAAUGCCUAAGUCGAGCGGCACUUCCGCGCCGGUGGACGGCGAUGGGGGCAUGGCUCAAAAGCUGGCGCGCGCCUCUACAGCGAUGCUGGUCGCGGCGAUGUGCCGCCCGGACACGGACAGCGGCACGAUUUCGCGUUUUCUGCAAUGCUUUAUGAAUAUUCUCUACCGUGAGGAGAAGCGCGUACAGUACGUUUCGAAUCAAAUUAAGGUCAUGGAACACCUACUAAGUGAGUGGGAAAGGGGUAGAGGAGAGGUUCAGGGCGGUGUAGCGUCGACCACACCUUCGAAGGAACCCGGCUCUUCCGAACUAUGCGCUAUUAAUAGCGACACGACAGAGGAUGUGAAUCGAUCGACGAGUCGGCGAGAGUCGGCCAUAUCGCCUCCUGGUUUAGCAGGCACAACCGAACCGAUGCGGCAACCAAUGUUGGAGCCGUCCAGUGGCAGCGUCGACCGUUUCACAUACUUGGCUGGACACCCAAAGGCCACCCUAUGUGUUACCAUAGCGCAGCUAGCCCACUCGAUUAACGCCUGGUGUGCGACGAUGCGUGCAGCAGAGUACCGCUUGCCGUGUUCAACAACGAGUAUUGCCGCACACCCAUUCCUGCGAUUCCAUUCUGGAACCAGCUCGUGUGCAAGCCAGCAUGUAGCUUUGGUACUGUCUCCCCCGCCGCUUCUUUCAGGUGCUAUUUUGAUCAAGGACAUGCUACGCUUACCCCUUUCCUUGCUCACUGGUGUCGCCCCCCGACCGCAGCAUAUCUCUUCCAUCUACUUCAACCCCAACCCACACAGUCUCCUCCGUCUCAACCCUGGAUGCAACUUAUCGUUGAGCGAGCUAGAGAAUGAGUAUGUCGAGGCUCUUGGUCGGCGUCAUGCUCGUUUGUUUCCGUUGUCAGCCGUGCAAAUGUGCUUGGCCAGGCUGGCGACACCGUGGCGUAUUGGUGCAUUAAAUAAGAGCCUGGAGCGUGCACUGAUUAAGAUGGGUAAACCGCGGAGGAGUACGCUUUCUCGACAGCUCCAGCAGCAGAAGACCGACGGAGCGACGUGCCAAUCUCCUGUAUCCGAAGCUCUUGGGGCGUCACACUUGUAUGGAGGUUCCGAGAGAGAGGCGCACACGACGGUAUCCAAUGCUCUGCCUCAAGCUUCGAACUUAGACUUCCUUGCUGCUGAUAUCGUGGAGUUUCUGCAGGUACAAGGGGUAAUUUUGGUUGAUCGUGAGUUUAAUGUGUCCUUUACGCAUGGUGAUGUGACGCCAGCGCAUGUGAUGUCUAAACAGCACAGUAAAAUCGCGCAGGCUCAGCUGAAGCUGCGCAGGAACCCCAAGACUGGCGGUGUAAUGCACUUAACACCGCUGCAGCGGGUUGCAACCAACACAGGUAGCCAGAGACCCCUUCACGGGGCCCAAGGGCGCUACACCACGCUGCCCUCAAUCCUCCUACUGAACAUGCUGAUGCUCCUUUUGGAGCGUGGCCGUGAGCGGCCCUGCCGAUCUGGUGGCGUUCACACUGGUGCCAUGCUUGAUACAUCGAAUAAUGGAAUAGGCACGAAAAACCCUUCUAACGUGCUCGAAGUUUCUCCGCAGACAUCUUUAGGAAACGACGCGAGUGUAUCUUUUAUGUCCAACAUGCUACUCAGUAGUAGUCCGCUCACGGCGUCUACAAAGCGCCCCCAGCACAUAGUCGUCGGACAGCAAAAUUUGUCAGCAACGGCGGGCCCCGGAGCUGACGAACGGCACGAACUUGUUGCGUAUUGUGCCUGGGGCUCUGCCUGCACACUCUGCCAGGCGCUCGCUGCGAACCCACAGUGCUGGCUUUUGCAUAUCAAGAGCGACUACAAUUGCUGCGGUGGGUGCUGCCCCGUCCACUGUCAAGCCUCGGGUGUUCUUGAGGUGCCAGUGACGAUGCAUUUUCCCUUCCUCGAUCAUUCAGUGCGUGUGUGUGCACAUCAUGAAGCCAAGCAGCACAGGCAGAAGUUUAACAAAGAUACUGGUCCCUUAUCGGAGAUCACCCGCACCUACAGCCAUGGUGGAGCUGACGGAGCAGCACGUUUUAGUUCGCAACAUAGUGGUACUGCUUUCGGUGCAACUCACACGCAGAUACAGCGUCCAUGGUUUUUAAAACCAGAGAUUUACAUGGGAUCCGUAGAAUCUCACAUAAUGUCCUCGUUCGAAGUGUUUAAACAAUUAACUUCUUCAAAUGCGGCAUCUAACAACCGUCGUGUCAACUUGAGUUUGACCGCCACUGCCUCUUCUAAAGCCCACAUUCGUCCGGAUCGGAUCGGAGACGGAGUGCGCAAUAAAGGAAACCCUCACCUCCCGAGUCGGCUGAAUACUGAAAAAGGUGAAGACUGCCUAUUUCUAAGUGCGGAGUCCAUCCCAAUGGAGGCCAGAGCAUGGCUUAGUCGUUUCGCGGCUACCAUUGUUGGCCGGGUAGAGUACGCCAUGGAACGCCAAAUUCAGCUUGAGCAUCAUCUCAUCUCAGGGCCUCUUGCACCUGGUGACGACAAUGAAAAUAACCAUGCUGGUGGUAGUGAAGUUCCUCAUGGUUUACGUCCUGCCGUUUGCAAGACUUCUAAAGGGUCAGGCAAGGCCUCCACCACCACUCUCACGGUUGCGCCCCAAGUGGAUCCGAAUGCCAAGGCAAUCACCACCUUAACGGAGCCGACCUCUGGCGCAGCUUGCGGGUUGAAAACGGGGGUACCGCAAACAGACGCGGCCGCCGCUUCUUGCAAUCCCUUGUUGCCGUCUUGUCCUCCCGCUUCCGCUGACGUGCACAUACCUUCCCACUCAAUGCGCUAUACAAAGCGACAAUUACCGGACUGCAACGCGACCCGCCCUGUCCCACUUGUUGAAUACCCGCUCUUGGCCUUAGGCAAACCUUCUGAGAGUGCCUCGCUUGCAUCUCACCAGGAGCACGCGAGUGCUGUCUGGAGGCAACCCAAGGGUGCCUCUGCAAGAGACUUGUCUCCGCCCACAGGCCCCCUCGGCGACCAUGACGAAGGGAUUCGCCUCAGCGAAGUCUCGUGUGUGCUUAGAUCAGUAAAUCGCCAUGUCCCUGUGAAGGCCCUUUUGAUUGUUGUCAUGCAUCAUCUUGUGUCUUUCACGUGGGGAAAGAGUGGCGUUGAUGUGGAAAUGCUGGUGCGGCUAUUAGAGCGAAAUCUGCGCCGUUUGCCGCCUCUCUUAAGUAAUUUCACCUAUGUACUUCAGUUGGUGGAGGCUGGAUGGAAUAGCAAGAGCCUUGGCUCUAUGUUAAAGCUAAGCGGCGGGGGUUUCGUGCUUCAGGGUUCUAUUGAUGGUUGCAUCCUCGAUGAGAAGGUGAUCAGGGAUACAUAUUCAGAUCCGCUCAGGAAAUCAGAGGAAGACAGCAAUUAUGCCAUGAAUAGCAUAUCUGAAAAAAUACCAGUAUUGAGCGAAAGCACUCCUUCUUCGGUAUCGUAUUCUAAAUUCACGCCUACGUUGAUGGAUUAUCAGCUUCUGAUGGCUUUGGAAGCAUAUGAUGCGCUUUCUUUGCUGCCUACGAUUCGCACGUACGCUAGUUCGCUGAUAGAGCCUGUUCCUACGAGGCUACUUCUUCACACUGUUGUAAACGAGUUUAGUGAUGUGUUUUUUAUUGGAGGAUCUAAAGGUGGCAGGUAUGGUGAACAGGUUAAUACACGUGCAUUGUAA